AUGGUAUUCCACUUGAAGCCGUUCGACGUUGAUAAUAUCCAUGAACACAUCUUUGAUCGGUACACAUUAUUAGAAUCAUUAGCAGAUGGGCUGAGUCAAGAUUUAGGUAUACAUCAAAGAGAUGAAAUCGUUCAAGUAGACAUCGAGCCUCCAAUAACCACAAAGGUUAAGGGUAAACGCAAGGCGUCAAAAGGAUUACAACCUUAUAAUUUUACCAUAAGACAAUCUAUAGCAGGAUUGAACUCUUCGAGUAACGCUAAUUCCACCACUGGCUACGUCCUUUGGUCUACUACUCCGACAUUUGCCCGAUGGUUACUCUAUGACGGCAAUGCCUUGCCGCUUAGAGAGGAAGAUACUGAUACAAGCAUUCCUGCAAUUUUCUCAGGUUCGAAAUCUACGGCAGUUGUAGAACUAGGUAGUGGAAUAUCCGGAAUACUGCCCAUUGUACUGGGGGAUCAAGUCGAUCAUUACGUUUGCACGGAUCAGAAGGGAAUCCUCAGCAAAUUGAAAUAUAACAUCGAAGAGAAUUUACUACAAUUUAAUAGGAGACGUUGCAUUUCUGAAUUUUUACAGAUAGAACCACCCUCGAAUGAGGACCAACAGCGCAGGAAUACUCGCCUAGAGAUAAUGGAGUUAGAUUGGGAGAAAUUUAAUGGUCCCACCGCUCAGACACAUUUGACGAGAAUUAGCGAGGAGUGUUCAACCGUUCACAUUGUUGCCAUGGAUGUGAUUUACAACGAUUUUCUUAUAGAUCCAUUUCUCAAGACUUUAAACCACCUGAGAAAUUACUAUUUAAAUGAAGGUCUUAUAACGCAUUGCAUCGUUGGAAUACACCUAAGGGCCCAAGACGUUGUUGAAGCUUUCUUAGAGAGAGCAAUCUUGGAAUACAAUCUGCCAAUCUGUUCGGUGGAAGAUCCAUUUUUAGAGAAGACAAGAGUGAGCUUGUACUAUAUCUGA